AUGCUCGAAAAAGAUGUGCUACUAGAAAUAAGUUUGGCGGAUCGACUAAUUAAAAAUAUAACAAUUAAUUAUGAAGGUGUAAACAUUGGAUAUUCAGAUAUUUGUGGACGUGUAGGCGAAAAGUGUUUUGAAAAUCCGAUUAUCGAAAUAUUGCCCGAUAUUGAUAAUAUAGUGCAGAGAAAAAAGAAAUUAAAGUAUCCGAUCGACAUAGAUCCACUGACAUACUCUUAUCAAAUUAAUUCUCUCAACUUUGGGGGUGUAAUCGAAGAUGAGAACGAUGUGAUUCAAACAGUAAAUGCUAUCAGAUUAACGUAUUUCACAGACGAGAGCGACGAGAAAAAACAAAAUGUCAUAGAAAGAUGGCGAACAGAAGUUUAUAAUCGAAUAAGAAUUUAUCAAUUUAAACAUGUUCUGUGUUUUAUUGAUUACACCUGGUCAAUAGAAGAGCGAAAUGUGCAAUUAAAGAAUAAUAUAAAACCGAUGAUAGCGGCACUGGUUGCAUUUAUUUCUGUUUUUACUGCUGUUACGUGUAUGAGCAACAAUUGGGCAAAAAGCAAGCCUCUUCUAGGUGUUGCAAGUGUCGUAUCGGCUGGUCUGGCCGUAAUCACAUCUUUCGGAUUCAUGUCGGUUGUCGGUGUACAGAAUAGUAUUUGGAACAUCACCAUUCCAUUUUUAGUUCUCGUGACAGAGAUCGACGAUGCCUUCGUAUUGUUAGCGUGUUGGAGAAUAUCAAACCCCAAGCAUAAAGUACACAAACGUAUGGAAGAAACAUUGGGGUGCAUGGCAUUAUCAGGACGCAGUGAAGAGAAACAACGACAAAAAGCACUUCGUGUUAUUUUCGAAGAUAUCGAACAUUCUUCUACAGAGGAAAAAAUGUCUACUGACGAGCCAACAAUGUCAUGUUUUAGGGAUAAGUUGGGGAAAAUUCUAUCAAUGAAGGUAAUGAAGAUAACAGUUAUCAUCGUUUACUUUAUGAAUUUAUCAUUUGGAAUAUGGGGAGCCUUAACUAUAAAACACGGUAUAGAAUUUACUAAGUUAUAUCCAGAAGAAUCGGUAAUAACACAGGGUAUUAAAAUAUAUUAUAACAGUUUCGGCCGUUAUACGUUUCCUUAUCAAAUAAUCAUUAACAGCACACUUGAUUAUUCAGAUUUAAAUGUACAGAAAUCAGUGGAUGAACUACUCAACAAAUUCGAAAGUCUUCCAUACAUUGCAGAUUCCCGAUUAACAGUUUCUUGGUUAAAAUAUUAUAAAGAAUUCCAAAAUCAUCCGCUAGCAAAAUAUUUAUUACGGGGAUACAACAUGUCGGUUAAAGAAGAUUUUUUUGAUGCACUUCGCAAUGUUUUCCUAAAAUUUAAACCAGCGGAACAAUUCUCCGAUGAUAUCGUCUUCAAUUCUGAUGGAUCCGAUAUUAUAAGUAGCAGAUUUCACAUCCUUGUAAAUGAUACGUUAAGUCAAGCAGCUGAAAUGGAAGUGUUAAAAACUCUGUGGAAAAUUGCUGACGAAAUUGAUUUUCCUGUUCUUGUUUAUGCAGCAAUCGCAUCUGUGUACGAACAAGGAAUAAUAAUUGGACGUACAAUUCAGGAUUUAUUUUGGAUCACUUCAUUUUUGGUUAUGAUUCUUUUCGUGGUUAUCAUACCAAACAUUGUCGUUGCUGUUUUGGUUGCAAUAUCGGUAACAUCUACCAUUGUAGAAACUUUAGGAUACAUGUCUCUUUGGGAUAUAAACAUGGACAUUUUAUCUAUGAUGAGUCUGAUAUUAUGUGUCGGAUUCUGCGUCAAUUAUCCGGCUCACAUAUCUUACGCGUAUAUUUGUUCUCCGUACCAAACCCCCAAUGAAAGAAUGAAAGACAGUCUGUAUCGUAUAGGCUAUCCAAUAUGUCAAGGAUCUCUGUCAACCAUUUUAGGAAUUUUAUUUGUAUAUAGAGAUAUGUACGCUUCAAUUAUAUUUAUGAAAAUUGUAUUUCUUAUCACAUUGGAAACAGCAUUUCAUGCAUUGAUAUUCAUUCCUGUGGUUCUUUCUUUGAUUUUCUCAAUUUUUCCUAAAGCUGAUAACACAAUAUAG